GAUAGAGGAAGAGGAAAAAGCUCAAAACCCCCCACCACCAGCGCCAACCACAACAGCUACAACCGAAGCCUCUGACCAGAGAGAGGGAAAGGGGAAAAAAAAACUAACACAUUACAAAAAAAAGAAAAAAAGAAUUCAUAACCUCCAUGGAAGAGAGAGGGAAGAAGAGCACGACCAAGAACAAGAAGCAGAAACAAAACCAGACAAAACCCACUUCGGACAUCUCCUUCAAACCAUCCUCCGACGUAAAGGGUCUUAAAUUCGGCGGCCAGAUCAUCGUCAAAUCCUUCACAAUCCGACGAGCUCGACCGCUCGAGCUCCUUAAACUCCUCUCCCUCCCUCCGACAACCAGGAACCCUCAAAUCUCGCCGGAGUUUCUGUCGGCGACGGCGUAUCUCCCGACAAACUUCACGAUCCUGGCCCACCACGCGUGGCACACGUUAACCCUCGGUCUCGGAACUCGGAAAUCGAAGGUCGUCGUGUUCGUGUUCGAGUCGGAGACGAUGAAAACGGCGGUGGAAUCGAUCUGGCCGCCGGAGAUUCCUCUAGGCGAAGUGAACAAGAAGAUGAUAAGAGGGCUGAAGGGUUGCGAGAUGGCGAGGUUCAAGUUCCGAAAAGGGUGUGUCACGUUCUACGUGUACGGCGUACGGAACGCCGGAAACAAUGGUUUCGCGGCGGCUGAGGAGUUGAAGGUAAUUUUGCAGGCGGUGGUUGCUCUCAAGGACUUCUUGGAUCACACUGCUAUGUUGGCUUUGCCCCACCAAAGAUGCAUCAAUUACAAUUCUUCCCCUCAUCCUGUUGCUAUGGCUCACUAAUUAGUAAUAAUAAUGAUAAUACGCCUUCUUUUCUCCAUUUUUUUUUUAUUUUUGAAAAUAAUUAUUCUUUUUUUAG